AAUCCGAUAAAACUCUAUCUUUUUCUGUCUGAUUUAAAUUUCAAAAUGUCUGACCGUAUCGAAGAAAACCCCCAAUUACAGGAGAAGCGCGAAGAUUUGGCGAACAUGUCUGAAGUCGAAUCAGCUCAGGAGACUGCCGUUUCGGAAGCUCCGAAGAAGCCAAUGGAGGUCUCCUUCAGCAUCUGGCCGCCGACGCAGAAGACUCGCGACGCCGUUAUCAACCGCCUCAUCGAGACGCUAUCCUCGCCGUCCAUCUUGUCCAAGCGUUACGGCACCAUUUCCCAGGAAGAGGCCUCCGAGAUCGCCAAGCGGAUUGAGGAGGAGGCGUUUAACGUCGCCGGCGCGUCUGCCUCUGCCGACGACGACGGCAUCGAGAUCCUCCAGCUUUAUUCCAAGGAGAUCAGUAAGCGGAUGCUCGACACCGUGAAGUCCAGAUCUGGCGCCGCCGCGCCGGAGAGUAAGGCGUCUGUGGAGGGCGAGGAGGCCGCUGCUGGUGAGGAAGUCUCGGACGUUAAGACGGAGCCGUGAAAUGUGAGCAUUGAGGUUUUCUAGUGUUGUUUUAAUAUAUUUGCAGUUGAAAUACUAGGGUUUCGGUUAAUUGAACUGCUCCUUGGCCGAUGCUGAAUUGAUUGAGAUCUAAUUCUGCUGUCUAUGUGGUUUUAAGAUCUUUUAUACAAUGCUCUUUAUACUAUUAGAUCUUAUUAUAUGUUGUUUCAGUAAUUGGCUUCGAUGUUUCCUUUUA